AUGACAGCAUUGAACGUUCUACAAACGUUAAAAUUAAUCUCAAUGAAAGAUACUUUGGUAAUUUGUACUAUUCAUCAACCAGGAAUGGAGAUGUAUAAUUUGUUCACGCAUAUCGUUUUAUUAGCUGAUGGUAGAAACAUUUUUUCCGGAAAUAUAGAUAACGUCAAACCGUUUUUCGAAAGCCUAGGAUUCGUAUGCCCAAUUCACAUAGAUCAAGCAGAAUACCACAUCAGUAUUUUAUCUCAACAUGAUUCAAUUACGUCGAACGAGGAAAGAUCUUUAAAUUUAUCGAAAGCAUUUUUACGAUCACCUUAUUACGAAUUACCUAACACCGAUGAAAAUCUUAAAGAAGUACAAACAAAUUUAUGCAAUAAGCCAGGAUUAUUGAAACAAUUCGUUUGGUUAAUUUGGAGGAUUUAUAAGAAAAAACGUAGAACAUUUUUUUCCGACAAUUUAUCAUGGAUAUCUUUUUUGAUGUCUAUGACAAUCGUGAAUAUAUUUUUUAUCGGUAACAAUCCAAAUACGCAGAAAGGAAUGCAAAAUAUUAGAGGAAUUAUAUACAUGAUGACUUCAGAAAUCAUUUUUACAGUAACUUAUUCAACAAUAUACGAAUUACCAUCGGACAUGAUUAAUUAUUGUCGUGAAACUUCGAUGUAUGGUCCAGGUGUUUAUUACGUUGCUACUUUUAUCGGAUUGAUACCAAAAUCUAUGAUUAAAUCACUCAUUUUUACAUUGACGAUACUUUUGACUUUGAACAGUAAUAUUAAUUGGAAGGACAUACCAUUUUAUUGUCUUUCAACUACGUUAAGUUCAAUUUGUGGUACCGCUUAUGGUAUGAUGAUGUCCAGUUGGACAAAUAAUGUUGAUUUAACGACAAUAAUUAUGGUACCAAUUGAUAUAUUAUUUCUAUUAACUGCUGGUAUGUUUUAUAAUUUGAGGAUACUUGAAAUAUUCGUCAAUAUUUUAUUACAUAAACGAAUGUCUUUCGAUAUUGUAUUGGUCAAAAAUUGA